CGGGCUUGGCUCAAGUGAUAUAGACUUGGUGCAUGCAAGCUGCACUUGCAGGACAGUGCAGAUGUCUGACGAGUGGUGCACCAUCGAAAGCGACCCGGGCGUCUUUACGCAGCUCUGUGAGGAGAUCGGAGUUAAGGGCGUGCAAUUCGAGGAAAUCUAUAGCUUAGGGCCUGAAGCCUUUGCAGACUUGGAGGCAGAGAAAAUCUAUGGCCUCAUCUUCCUGUUCAAGUGGCAGCGCGAGGCAGAUCCCCGUCCAACCCUGGAGGCUUCCGAGCUGGGGAUUUUCUUUGCGCAACAGGUAAUUCACAAUGCCUGUGCGACGCAAGCCAUUCUGUCAGCGCUUCUGAACGCAGAGAAACUAGAUGUGGGGCCAAACCUCACCAGUUUCAAGGAGUUCACAAUUGGCCUUGACCCGCAAAUGAAGGGCUUGGCCAUUGGCAACAGCGAGCCCAUUCGCAAGGCUCACAACUCCUUCCGUCAGCAGUCGUCCUUUGAAAUUGUGCAUGACAAGGAUGAAAAGGGCGAUGCCUUCCACUUUGUUUGUUACAUUUGCCAUGAAGGAAAGGUCUAUGAACUGGAUGGUCUGAAGGCUGGCCCGGUCUUCAUUGCAGAUGUGCCAGCCGGCACCAAUUGGGCAGACAAGGCACGUGAAGAACUGCAGAGGCGAAUAGAGGCCUACACGCAGAAGACCGCGGCUUCAGGGGCCGAAGGGGCCGAAGGGGCUGCCGAGCUGCGCUUCAAUUUGAUGGCCAUUGUCGCCAAUCGCCUGCACGAGGCCGAGAAGGACAUCGCCAGAGCUCGGUUCUUGCGACAUCGCGCCCACAUUUCGUUGGUGUCAAGAGAUGAGGAAGUGGAGCUGCUGGAUGAAGUGGAUGAUGACGAUGCACCCGCAGACAUCCCCAGCUUUGAAGAUCUCCUGGAAAAAGAGAUCCCCGCUAUCAAAGCCAUUGUGGAAGACUGCACCAAGAAGAUCUCGGAGCUCAGCCCGGUGGUUGAAGCCGAGCAGAAGAAGCGACAGAAGUGGAUGAAGGAGAACAGCUUGCGGCAAGCUGAUCUCGUUCCGUUGGCUCUCUGUGCCAUGCGGCACCUGGCUCGAAAGGGCCAAUUGGUUGCAGCAUUGGAGAAGGGCAAAGAAGUACAUCAAAAGCGCAUUGCCGACAAGCAAGCAGCUUCUGCUUGAGCAGAGCAAGAGCGAGAGACGGUCCAAAGAAGUUCGGACCACGCUCCAUGCCGUGCCCAAAA